AAGCGGCGAGGGAGGUCGGGAAACGGAUCGCAACGCCGCGAGGUGGCGACAGAACGACGCAGGUAUUUUCUUCUCCGUGGCGAGUGUUAAGACUUUUUUGUGUCGGUGUAGAGCGCUGUGCCGGGGGGGACUCGGUUAGUAGCAAGAACAAGAAGCAAUAUUCUGCGGUUAUCCUUGGCGAUUCGUCACGGUCAAGCAAGCUAAACCAGGCGCCCCUACAGCCGAAGUGGGCAAGAGGCAAACCCGGCGAACGACCCGACUCCUCCCGCCCGCGCACCGCAGCAAGCGAACCGGAGCGAGAACAGCGCAGUGAGCAGCGGCGGCAGCGAUGGCUCUGAAAAGAAUAAAAAAGGAACUCGAGGACCUAAAGCGCGACCCGCCGGCGCAGUGUUCGGCCGGGCCCGUCAACGACGACCUGUUUCACUGGCAGGCCACGAUCAUGGGACCGCCGGACAGUCCGUACCAGGGCGGCGUUUUCUUUCUGACCAUACACUUCCCGACGGACUACCCGUUCAAACCGCCCAAGGUAGCGUUCACCACGCGAAUCUAUCAUCCCAACAUCAACAGCAACGGCAGCAUCUGCCUCGACAUACUACGCUCUCAGUGGUCCCCGGCGCUGACCAUCUCCAAAGUGCUGCUGUCGAUUUGCUCGCUACUCUGCGACCCGAACCCGGACGACCCGCUGGUCCCCGAGAUCGCACGCUCCUACAAGACCGAUCGGGAAAAGUAUAAUGAACUGGCCCGGGAGUGGACACGGAAAUAUGCCAUGUGACCCGCCGAUCACACGCCUGCUGGCCUUGCUGCUCUGACUUUGUACAAACCCAACGCAGCGGCUGCGGGAAGGCGAGUGCUUAUUGAGAGCCGAGAAAAAGCCGGAUAGAAGGGCAGCAGUACCGCAGUGGCUUUGUACGAAGCGUGGCCGAGGCAAGAUCUACACAGAAAGAAGAAGAAAAAAAAAAGUGGCGAAAAAAAAUCGCGGGGCAGAAAACGAGACGCGCUGCCGACGCUGUUAGGCCUAACUCAAAUUUAGCACUCCCCUUCUUCAGCUGCUCGUAAUAUUAUUUUUCUUCUCUCUCUCAUCUCUGCCCCUCACUCUCUUUGUCGGGUCGUCACACUGUUAGAAAAAAGGAGGAACGUCGUCUAAGCCAAAACGGCCCCGUAGAAGUCGAAAAGCCCAUCCUUUUACCUUCAUUUUUUGUUCCUCCCUAAGCCCCUCGGCUUUCCAGACGCGCUCUUUCUCUGUCAUCAAACUGCGACGAAAAAUCCCAUCUUCAGUGUUUCUUUUGUUUUCCGGGGCUUUGUUUAUUUUAACUCGGAAUGCGCGGCGUUAUGCUUGCUUGACCUCCGAAAGAAUCGGUGAAUUGACCGGGUUUUAAAAGCACAUUGGAUUCACGAUGCCCCAACAAAUUGUCGUUAAAUCAGUGACCCGCCUAUUCUGUUCCCUACGCCCCGGUACUUUGUACGCGAGUUUUAUUUCCCAGUGUUUUUUUUUUUUUCUAGGAACCUGAGUGUGUGUUUCUCAAAAAGACACAUUAUGUUCUCUUAGGACAUUGUAUUUUCUUGCUCAUUUUGAUGUGUGUGCAUGCACUUGUCACUGCCCGGCAUUUCGGACAUGUUGCCUGUUGUUUGAAAUUGUUGCUUUGUCUAUAGAAGUGAUACCGAGCCCUGAGUCCAACCGACAUCACCAGCGAGUGCGACGGUGACAGUGCUUUUUUUUUCCCUUCUUUUUCUCGUAAAAAAGAAAAGGGCUGUCAAGAUUGAGGCAGCAUGUCACCGCCCUCUCCGUGGCUUUGUCGUCGCAUCUUUGCUUGUCAGACAUGUAAACUUCUCUUGGAGCGCCCCAGCCAUACUCUUCCCGGUUUCUGCUGCCGCUCUACAACCCUGAAACCAACCCGUCCCAUUUCCCAUGCACCAUAAGCAGAACCAUCGAUUCGGCAAUGCUUGUUUUACUUCCUUUCCUCUCUGGCUGCGUCUUCGAGGCAGUCCUAAACCUGUUCGCUUGUCUGUUUUUUUCAAUUACUUACAUAAGUGCUGGAUUAUUAAAGUAUUUUGUGUGUGAGGUACAA